UCGUGUUGGACGUGCCCCAUCUUGGCGCCUUAGAGCCUUCAGGCCAAUUUUUUAUUGCUCAACACUCGGUGCUCAUUCUCACUCAUCACUUCCCUGCUGCACCCUUCGAGGACGACGGGAUUUCGAGGUCCUGGAAGUGUGAAAAAAGGAGGAACCGGCGAGCCGAAGAGUAUUACCCCAAGUGACAUGACCACUUGAUUUACCGUGAGCACUCAACUUUCAAAAUGAGAAAAAUCCAUGAUAUGUUCAGUAUGGUUCAAGCUAUCACGGUACUCACCAUUCUCAAGAUGCUCACCAACGCUCAAACGACCUGCAACGGUGGCGCGGGAAGAGUAGUUUACGAAAGAUUGCCCGACCAGCAAUUGCAAGGGUUUGACGACGAAGUGGUCAGAGACUCGGCGCCCCCCUUCAGGGUGCUCGAAAAGUGCCAGGAGCUUUGCCUACGGGAUAGAACAGCGACUAACAACCUUGUCCGGGCGUGCACGAGCUUCGAUUUCCAGCCAGGGAGCAGGAUCGCCUCUUUCAGCGGCGCCGCCGAGUACGAAGAGAGCACUUGCUACCUGACCAGGGAACAAGCGCUUCCCGAAGGUAUCGGGAACCUGAUGCUCGUGCCGAACAGUGUCCACUUCACGGAAGUCUGUCUGAUGUCCAAUAGGAUAGAAAGGGAAUGCCCGAAUCGUCGCUACGUCUUCGAAAGACAUCCUCGGAAGAAGCUUAAGCUACCUAUGACUGAUCUGAAGGAAGUCAGCGCGGCGAACAGGACCGAUUGUGAGGAUAGGUGUCUGAACGAGUUCAGCUUCGUCUGCCGGUCGGCGACUUACGACGCGGCAUUGAGAAGCUGCUCGUUGAGUCGUUUUACGCGAAGGACUCACCCUGAGCUGCUGGAGGACGAUCCCAACUGCGACUACCUUGAGAACACCUGUCUAAAUGCCGAACGACGCUGCGAUGGACUGGCCGUCUUCGUCAAGGAAGAGAACAAGCGGCUUCGCGGACCCUUCGAGGUCGACAUCUACACGAACCUGACCCUCGACGAGUGUCAAGGCCUCUGCCUAAGGGCUGACAAGUACUUCUGCCGCAGCGUGGAGUUCGACGACCAAACAAGACAGUGCGUGAUUUCGGAAGAGGACUCAGUGUCGCAGAAGGACGACAUCGGGAUCAGCAGCAGCCCAAGUUACCACUUCUACGACCUUGUUUGCCUGGACAACCAACGCUCGAUAGCGAGGGGCUCCGAAUACCCCGACAACAGCGUGACGUCCCACCUUUUUGCCGACGGUCGACGACCGGACACUGCCUUCCAGCGGUACCGGAACUCCCGGCUCAGCGGUGAAUUUCACUCGGAAAUAACCGGCAGGAGCCUCAGCGAGUGUCUCGACGAGUGCCUCAGACAGACCAGCUUCCAAUGUCGAAGUGCCGUCUACUCCGAGCACUUUCAUACCUGCCGUUUGAGCAGAUUCAACAAACGGGACGGGCACAGGAUCAUCUACGACGCGGACUACGAUUAUUACGAGAAUUUGAUGCAUCAAUACAUGGACGGUGACCGCGAUGUUCCCGGGUACAGACCAGACCCUGUGGGCCAGGACACGAACCAAGGAAGGCCGACUGUUGGGAGACCAGGUUACCCGGACGAAUCCGCCUACCCCUCGAACAACAAGGGAGAUAGAUACCCAAAUCGAUAUCCAGGGUGGGACAACAGGCUUCCAGACGACAGGUACCCGCCCGUUGGUGGCAGUCGGUACCCCAUUCCCGGCGACAGAUAUCCCGACGAUGGUUACCCGCUGCCGGGGGCGGGUCGACCACCCGUUUCCGACCAUAGAUAUCCAUCUGGAGGUGGUCGACUCCCGGUUCCCGGUGAUAGAUACCCGGACGACAGAUACCCGCCUGGUGGUGACCGGUACCCGACGUACGGAGGAAGGUUCCCAGUCGACAGGUAUCCCCCGACUGGGCCUAGUCGCUACCCCAUCGGUGAUCCCUUGGACCAGGGCCGAUUUCCUACGGGAGUUGGUGGCGGCCGGUAUCCCCCUGAACCGGCUGAUCGGUAUCCAACUGGUCCUGACCGCUACCCUGGAGGAGGAUACCGCUACCCAACCACCCUGGAACGGUAUCCGGAAGAUCCUCUGGAUCGAAUACCCAUCGGAUCUGGUGGCAGCAGGUAUCCUCUUGAUCGUUAUCCCGUCAGCGAUCGGUUUCCGGAACGUGAUAGAGACCGCUAUCCCGGGGGCGUAAGCGCGAACGGAAUUUACCCGAGUGGUUUCGAGGACGACAUUCGCGGUACGAAGGGAGGGUACGGAGGUCGUCCUCUCUAUGGUGGAAUCGGGAGUCGUCCUCACGGACCGUCACGACCUUUGGAUGGAUACGACAGCAGCUACGGUGGAAUCGGAAGUCGUCCUCACGGACCGUCGCGACCCUUGGAUGGGUACGACAGCAGCUAUGGUGACAACGGUAUAAUCGGUGGAGGCUACGUGGGGGAAGGUGGAGUCCAUCAAACGAGACCAUUUGGGUCGGUUGGCGGUGGUCCGAUAAUAGGCAGACCCCCAUUGAUAUCGCGGUGCGAAGACCAGGACAAUUUUCGGCAGGUCGGGCAACGCACCAGGGUGCGAAAGCCGUUCGUUCGAAGAUACACGACCGCUUCUUCCCUCGCAACUUGCGAACGAGAGUGUGCCGACGCCAGGGACUUCGUAUGUAGGUCCUUCAACUUCAGACCAUACGCUGCUCCCUAUGGCGCUGAGAGAGACAACUGCGAGCUAAGUGACAGGGAUUCCCGUGACAUGGAGAUGGGCGAUCCCGUUUACUAUGACAGGAGCUCGGACUACGAUUUUUACGAGAGAAACGGAAGACAGGGAGCCGACGACGAGUGUCUCGAUGUGAGUCAAGUUUGCAGCGAAGAGGGUAUGGAGUUCACUCUUCGAACGCCCGAGGGUUUCAUUGGACGAAUUUACACUUACGGGUACUACGACCGGUGUUUUUUCCGAGGCAACGGGGGGACCGUCAACGUCCUCAGGAUCAGCGGGGCUCAAGGAUAUCCGGAAUGCGGUACCCAGCGAUAUGGUGAUACCAUGACGAACAUAGUGGUGGUCCAGUUCUCGGACUACGUCCAGACCGGUAGGGACAAGCGUUUCAACCUCACCUGUCUCUUUCGAGGACCAGGAGAGGCUGUCGUCACAUCCGGCUACAUCGGUGCCGGUUCCCCUAGCAGUGCCGGGUCUCCGAUACCGAUAGAAUAUCUACCCGCCGAAAACACCCUGAGUUCGAGAGUCCGUUUGCUGAUCCUUUACCAGGGGAGACCAACGACUACCAUAGCCGUCGGUGAUCCUUUGACAUUCAGAUUGGAGGCUCAAGACGGGUACAACUACGUCACGGACAUCUUUGCUACCAACGUCAUAGCCCGAGAUCCUUAUUCCGGAAGAAGUGUACAAUUGAUCGAUAGAUACGGCUGCCCAGUGGACAACUACGUCUUUCCGGGUCUUGAUCGUCUUCGGGAAGACAGUUUGGAGGCUCGUUUCAACGCUUUCAAAAUUCCGGAAUCGAAUUUCCUGGUCUUCGAAGCCACCGUUCGCACCUGCAGAGACGGAUGUCAGCCGGCUUACUGUUCGGGAGGCGCUGGUCGCAGCGAGCCAUCCUUCGGUAGGAGGAGAAGAGACCUCGCAGGAGUGACUUUGAUCGACGAGGACGAGGAGGACCAGGUCAACGCCACAACAACGGCCGCCUCCACCGCAUCCAAUAUCCAAAACAACACGCGGAGUGACGACGAGGACGAGAAUGAAGAGGAACACGUGAGGGAGAUGAUCGAGGUAUUCGACUCCCGCUACGAUAUGGUCGAGGACAACGUGGUCGAGAAGCAUACCAAGGUCUUCGAAUCCGUUUGCAUCACACCCAGCGAGUAUUACGGACUUGUUGUGGCUGUUGUUGGGCUGGUUGUUCUUCUCGUAUCCGUCGUUCUGCUCUCAAUGCUGGUUUACAGGAAAUACGCCUAUUCGAUAAUCGUGAAGAACAGGAACGCUGACAAGUCUUCGCACCGCAGCAGCAAUCCCGAAGACGCGUACAGCACACGAGCGCAGAAUAAUUUUUCAUUUUUGAGAUCAGGACUGCAGAAGCCUUUUCAGUCGACAUCAAUUUCCAGAUCGUUGAGUAACGUCAUCAAUCAACGAUUGACAAGUUCCGGUGGCCUGGAAGGUGCCGUAGGAUUAGCGGGCACAAGACGGGCAGGAUUUGAUCCUAGCGAACCGAUUUACACCGAUCCUUCGCUCUUUGAAAGCUCUCACUGUUCGGGGAACGAGCCAAAAUCGGCACGAAAUGAAAAUUUUCAUCUGAUGUAAAGGCGGGGUCGAAAAAGAAUGACAAAUUUUUUAAAUCUGUAAAUCAAACAGAAAUUAC